CGCCACUGUCUUUGCUCAGGGAAGAAAAAUAUACGUAACAAUAUUGGUUCCGAAUUUUUACACUAGCAUCUGAAAAUUAUAAAACAUAACCUUGACUAUUGAUUUGAUUGGUGGAGUGUUGACUAUGACGCAAAUUUAGCGCGCCGUGCUUUGCAAUCCACACGGGCAGUUAACCGAAGUCAAAUUACAAGUUGUUGCCUAAAUCUGUGCAUUGUUUUGCUGUUAAUAAGUUCCGACUGCUGGAUAAAGCCGGAUUUUUGCAACUAAUCAUCGCCACUCAACAAGAACAAUGUCUAGCACAUCACAAAAGCAUCGAAACUUCGUGGCUGAGCCCAUGGGGGAGAAGCCAGUUACAGAUUUAGCCGGCGUGGGGGAAGUCUUAGGGCGCAGGCUCGAAACUGCAGGUUUUGACAAGGCCUAUGUUGUAUUGGGCCAAUUUUUGGUUCUGAAGAAGGAUAAAGAGCUGUUUCAAGAGUGGAUGAAAGAGACCUGCAGCGCUAACUCAAAACAAUCCGCAGACUGUUACCAGUGCUUACAAGAGUGGUGUGAUGAAUUUUUGUAAAUUGACCUUGACUUGGGAUGUCGGACUAAUAUUUUCAUACCUGUAAAUAAUUGGAAAGUAAGCGGUUAUGACUAAUCUAUGCAUUUUUGUAUGUGUUUGUUAACAUGUAAUUUUUUAAUGGAAGUGAACAAAGAAGUAGGUACCUAAACCAGAUAAGAACCAAUCUUAAUAUUGUGAUUUGUUCACUGGAACAUGAAAGAUAACAUUUUUUUAUAUUAAUUUAACAAUAAUUAUUAAUAUUGAUAACAUAAUAUAAUGGUUGCGUAAAUAUUGACAUCUCUUUUAAGAAUACUUGUACUAUUAAUAUUUUUUUAUUAAAAUAAAAACAUAUGUUUGAA